AUUGCGAACGCCAUCUACAAAAUAUUCCAUCAAUGACGGAGAGCUCUAAGUCAAUUUGUGUGACCAUCAAAGGGACCCCGCGGCUCAGAGUUGUAGAUGAUCACACACGGAUGGUAACUAGUCGAGUUUUUUACCGUUUCUCAACUGCUGUGUAACUCAACAAUUUCUGAUUAUUACAUCAGAUAAAUCAGAGCAGUGCGAUCUCGCGACACGCGGAGCAGACACGUGUACAUAAUAAAGUAUAAAAUGUGAUAGAACGACGGUUGGCGAUUUAGUAGCAUAUGCAAGCAUAUGUACGAAUGUGGAUACAUGCGAAAAAGCUCGCACCACGUGGCAUACUUGAUUGGUAAUAUAAAAUAACCAGCGAUUAGUAAAAUGUGUGGAAUUUGGGCACUAUUUGGAUUGGACAACCAACCCUUGACUUGUAUUUGUGAAAAUUUCGACAAGAUAUCACAUCGUGGUCCAGAAGCCUUUAAAAUAGAGUUUGAUAUCAAAGUCAAAAAUGGGUAUCUAGGAUUUCACAGAUUAGCCAUCGUUGAUGAGCUAUAUGGAAUGCAGCCAAUGAGGAUACAUAAAUAUCCCCAACUGUUUCUCUUAUGCAACGGAGAAAUAUAUAAUUGGGAUAGACUAGGAAAACAAUACAGUUUUGAAUAUACUACUAAAUGCGAUGUCGAAACAAUUAUCCAUUUAUAUGCCCAUGGCGGUGCUGAUAGUGUUGCUCAAUCUUUGGAUGGUGUAUUUGCAUUUUGUUUAAUGGAUAUCGAGAAAAGAAGAAUCCUAAUAGGCAGAGAUCCGUAUGGUGUAAGACCACUGUUUAGAUUACGUUCAGAUAAUGGACAACUGGUCAUUUCUUCAGAGAGCAAGGGCCUGAUGGCAAUUACAAAAUGCAUAAGUAACAAAUGGACACUAGAGCCGUUUCCUCCAGGCCACUAUGAGGAAUAUGAAAUUUUAGAUGAUGGUCGAACAAAGCUUUUGAAAAAUGUCAAUUAUUACAAACCUGGUGAUAAACCUUCUUUCCAAGUGUAUGUUCCUUGGGCUACUUUGAAUUCUAAAGAUGUUUAUGAUAAUAUUCGAAAGCUGCUUUCAGCAGCGGUGGAGAAACGAUUAAUGGCUGACAGACAAAUAGGUUGUCUAUUGUCAGGUGGAUUAGAUUCUAGUUUGGUUGCAGCUUUACUAGCAAAGCAUGCAAAAGAGCAUAAUUUGCCAUACAAGAUACAAAGCUUUGCGAUAGGUAUGGGUGACAGUCCAGAUAUCAUUGCUGCCAGACAGGUUGCAGACUACAUCGGGACUGAUCAUCAUGAAAUUAUCUUUACACACGAAGAUGUAAUUGAUGUACUGGAUAAAGUUAUUUAUACUUUAGAAACCUACGAUAUUACUACUAUUCGAGCUUCGAUCGGAAUGUAUCUUAUUUCGAGAUACAUAAAACAAAACACGAAAACAACUGUGAUCUUUAGCGGAGAAGGUGCGGACGAGUUGGCACAAGGUUACAUUUACUUUAGAGAUGCACCUAGCGCGAUAGAGGCGCACAAUGAAUCUCUCAGAUUAUUGAAGGACAUAUAUUUAUAUGAUGGUCUAAGAGCAGAUAGAACAACUAGCGCUUUCAGUUUAGAGCUCAGAGUUCCAUUUUUAGAUAUUCAAUUCACUAAUUAUUAUUUAUCGCUGGAUCCUGUCAGCAAACAACCACAAGAUGGAAUUGAAAAAUACUUGUUAAGAUCUGCAUUUGGUGAAACUGGUUUAUUGCCUGUCAAUAUACUUUGGAGGCACAAAGAAGCUUUUAGUGAUGGCGUUGCUUCUAUCAAGAAAUCUCUUUUCCAAAUAAUUCAAGAAAUCGUUGAAGAUCGUAUUCGAGAUAAAGAUCUAGAUGAAGCUUAUACUAAAUAUCCUCAUUGCACACCAAAGACGAAAGAAGCACUCUAUUACAGAAAUGUUUUUGAAUCUCAUUAUGGAGGACAAGCGAAGAGUUUUACACCAUACUUUUGGAUGCCACGCUGGGUCAAAGGCGUUACCGAUCCAUCUGCGAGAUUCAUUGCACAUUACGCUGCAACUGCCGAUGAAAAACACAGACUAAAGAUAGCUUAAGGAAGAAAAAAAUAAAAUGAUAUGCAUAAUACUGCGUAAUAUGCAUAUAAUAUGCAUAUAAUGCUGUAAUUACUCUUGUUUGGAAUUUGAAUAUUAAUAUUUGAUUGAGGUUGUAAUUAAAAUUUUACUAUUAUUA